CCGCUGCUCAGCACAAGCUGCAAGAAGACGAGGAGAUCUGCAGGAGCUGGUACACGGAAUACAAGGGCACAGCCAGAUGGAUUCAGCGGCUGAGAACGCGUCCACCAGGCGAUUCCGGGAAUAUCUGAGGAUCCAGAGCGUGCAGCCGGAGCCGGACUAUGAUGGAAUUGCGCGGUUCCUCUCUAGGAUGGCAGAUGAAAUUGGGUUGGAGAAAAAGACCCUGGAGUUUGCUCCCGGUCGACCCAUAGUCAUCCUCACCUGGAGAGGGACGCAGCCACAGCUGAAAUCCGUCAUUCUCAACUCCCACACAGACGUGGUCCCAGUGUUUGAGGAGUUCUGGACGUAUCCACCGUUUGCUGCCCAUAAAGACAAAGAUGGAAAUAUCUAUGCGAGAGGAACGCAGGACAUGAAAUCUGUCACCAUCCAGUAUCUAGAAGCUAUCCGGCACCUGAAAUCAGAGGGGCAGCAUUUCCCGCGCACCAUUCACCUCACCAUGGUCCCAGAUGAAGAAAUUGGGGGUCACAAGGGGAUGGAGCUCCUUGUGGACCACCCCGAGUUCCGUGCAAUGAAUCCUGGGAUUACUCUUGAUGAAGGUCUUGCAAACCCAACAGAUGAAUUCAGUGUCUUCUAUGGAGAGAAAUGCGUCUGGUGGAUCACGGUUCACUGCAGGGGGGACCCAGGACACGGCUCUCGCUUCAUAGAGAAUACAGCGGCUGCUAAGUUGCAAUCGGUCAUAACAAGUUUCCUGAACUUCAGAGAAGAGGAGAAGAAAAGACUUGAGUCCAACCCCGGCCUGACACUUGGAGAUGUCACCACAAUAAACCUAACUAAGGUGAGCGGAGGCGUUUCCUGCAAUGUCAUCCCUACUGAGAUGUCUGCCACCUUUGACCUCCGGAUACCACCCACCGUGGACCUUAAGGAUUUCGAGUUGCAGAUAGAAAGAUGGUGUCGGGCAGCUGGAGACCAAAUCACCUUUGAGUAUCAUCAAAAAUGUAUGAACCAGAAGAUGACGACCCCCAAAGACUCCAACCCCUGGUGGAAAGCGUUCAGCGAUCCCUGUAAAAAACUAGGUUUGAAGCUGAAACCUGAAAUCUUCCCGGCUGCCACAGACAGUCGUUAUAUCAGAACGGCCGGAUUUGAUGCCCUCGGCUUCUCCCCCAUAAACAACACCCCAAUUUUGCUCCAUGAUCACAAUGAGUAUCUGAAUGAGGACGUUUUCCUCCGUGGGAUCCAGGUUUACACUCGGAUCAUCGGCUCACUGGCCGGCGUCCCCCAGUUACCUGGAGAACAAUGACCCCAGAGCCACAGGUACAGGAGACCGAUGUGUCCAGCAGAAUGUCCUCUGUUCUCAGGGAAUGACCUCUGACCUCCGGGACUGAAGCUUUAACCUCUGGAGAAUGAGAUCUGAUCAUGAAUAAUCCUCAGGAAAUCUCCCAAAAUCUGACAACCUCAAUCAUCACUUCCUUAUCACACCUGACACCGACCGCUCUCAGGAUAUUCCUCAGUCACAGAUGAAAGAACCAAAUGACUCCCAAAAUCUGGAGAAUCCGGAACAAAGCGAAAAUCUACAGCAAAUAAAACUCUGUCUAUUCUGGUUA